GAGCCACAGAUGAAAAUGGUUGGUUUUCACCAGUUCAAUGAAUUGACACUAGGCAACCAGGUUCGAAUAUCUUAAGGAGUGUAUAGUCGGUGCUUUCUCGUAUUUUUGUGUAUACAGCCGUGGUAUACAGCGAUUGAACAAGUGAGAACAAAAAAAAUUUGCAGUGGCGUGUCACGCUCCGUGCUACAUUUACUACAAAUAUGGCUACGUAGCAGAAAAAAAUGCAUGCAAAAACACUUGUCGCAAUAUUUAUAAGUUUUGAUCAAUCAGCAAAUCGACAUAAAACACGAUAUUGAGGUGGUAGGAAUUAUCGAAACGUAUGAUCGGGCAUCAAAGUAAUUCUCGAUAGUACAAAUAUGGAGCAAAGUACGGUUCUCUGGAUGCUCGCACUGGUAAUGUUAUUCGGAUCAUAUUUGGCCGGAUCUUUACCUCUAGUUGUCAACUUGUCUGAGGACAAAUUACAGCUUGUCUCAGUUCUGGGAGCUGGCCUACUUGUCGGAACAGCUUUAGCUGUUAUUAUUCCAGAAGGUGUGCGAGCUUUAUUCAAUGCUGGAGGUAACGAAGCCCAUCAGCACGGCAGCGGUGAUCUCCACAGCCUCAUAGGUAUAACGCUGGUACUAGGUUUUAUAUUCAUGCUAUUAGUGGAUCAGUGUUCAACCAGAAAUAAUGGAGAAGGUGGUAAACCUACAGAGAAAAGCCUCACAGCUACAUUAGGCCUAGUAGUUCAUUCUGCAGCAGAUGGUGUUGCAUUAGGAGCUGCUGCUACCACGUCACAAGCUGACGUCGAGAUGAUAGUCUUUCUAGCUAUUAUGUUGCACAAGGCACCAGCAGCCUUCGGACUUGUAUCUUUUCUAUUACAUGAAGGCGUGGAUAGGAAAAGGAUACGGAAGCAUCUGCUAGUAUUUUCUCUGGCAGCUCCUUGUCUUGCUCUAAUUACUUUCUUUGGCAUUGGAAAGGAGGGCAAAGAAACCUUAAGCAGUGUUAACGCGACAGGCUUAGCAAUGUUGUUCAGUGCAGGGACAUUCCUUUAUGUAGCUACUGUUCACGUUUUGCCAGAAUUAAUGGUGAGAGGAAGUUCUACCCAUUCGCAUUUACCAACUACAGAGGGUGGAUCGAUCCCAGUGGGAGGACUCAAAUCCAAAGAGUUAUUGGCUCUCGUAGUUGGCUCAUUAUUACCAGCUCUGAUUACAACAGGACAUCAUCACUGACCAUAAAUUUAGAUAAUCUUAUUGGCAUGAUUCUAUUUACUUUUUGUUUCUUGAGAUUAUCUGUAUCAUAUUACAAAAAUGAUAUAUUAUCUUUAAUUGAUACGACUGUCCAGGUAUUUGUAAACUACUUAUUGUUGCGAUGUGUAAAUUAAUUCAUUACUUCAAUGUAAUUUAUUAC